AUGUACCGAUCUGUAAUAGCAAGGAAUGACAGUGCUCCAAGUACGUUUACUGUGAAAGGAUUACCACCAUUAGAGGUCAAAAUCGGCAGAGAAGGCUACUUCGAUGGAUUUAUCUCAUCAGCUCAAGGUGUUGGAGAAAUGUGGUUAAUAUCAUCAUUUGACGAAAGAAACGCCAUUGUUGCAGCCACAAGCCUUUUUCAGCCUCGACCACUAAAGUCAAUCCAAAGAGGUACACUGGCAGUCAUUGGUUUACAGUAUGGAAAUUCUCCGAAAACGUGGACUAGAGUAAUUGUUGAGGGCAGACCCGAUCCAACGCACGCAAAGGUGUAUCUCGUCGACUAUGGUAUGCGGCAACUUGUGAACGCAAGAAGUUUGUAUGAAAUGCCUAUCGAGAUGAUGCGAGUUCCACCCCAGGCGUUCCCCGUCAUUCCGAAGAUCUCACAGCCUCCCGAUCUUGGUCCCGGAGAAUGGCAAAAAUUGAAGAAUGUCCGCAUAACUGUUCAUAUGAGGGGUGUAAAAGAUGGCAAAUUUGUGUGCGACCAGAUGACUGUCUAUGAUGCUUCCACACGUACGGACGUCGACUUCGGCGCAGCUUUGCGGAGUAAUAUUCAGCUAGAAUUGGCAAACGUUACGCUACCACCAUCAGUAACAGCAGAGAAGAGCUUCCUCCUUGCUCCGGAAUCUCGAAUAGAUCUACGUAACGCGGCAGGAUUACCAAUGCGACUAGAGCACCGUGACUUCUCCGUUGUGCUCGUCUGCGUGUUUGGAAUUCUCAUGGUGGUGGCUUCAAUAAUGAUAGUUAUCGGAUUUACGUACAAGCGCAUUCAAGUAGAUCGCGAACGUCGACGUCGACGUCAUGGCGCACCUGCAGAUUAUCCAAAUCCUGACGCGAUACCAUCAUGGCCAAAUGGUAACGACAAUCUGCAACCGCAAGUUGCGUCUAUGCCCCCAAUCUCAUUACCACCAGACACAACAGAAGCGGCAACUGCAGAAAAUACAAAAGCAGUGGAGAAUAUGACGACGAAGCCCCCAUGCGAUGAUCGUAAGGAAAUUUCUGUGCUUGUUUUGUCAGAGCAGGCGAUAGCUGCCAUUGCCGCGCUGAUGGGUAUCUCUUCGGCAAUGGCCGACAGAGAAUUUUCAAGAACAAUUGCAAUUCCCUCAGAAAAAGAGAAGUCGGUAGAUGAUAUGUCACGUAGCAUACCGGCCAGGUUGGGUGCAGGAACAAGCGAAAUUUCCUCAAUAAGAGCCUCGUCAUCAGAAGACAUACCUGCAUUUUUGACAAGCACGCCGAUGCAGAUUUCAAGUCAGGAAUCUCCAAAACAGGAACGUACUGCGGAGGGUUCAUCCUCGCACGAUUCCUCAUCAUUGGGCGAUGAAUUCACCAAAGCAAUCACAACUUAUGACGUGCAAAGAAUUUUAAAGGAACGCGCAAUAGUGCGCUACCAUUACCCAAAAGAGCUCAACAGCACAUCUCUCUCAAGCUUCUAUAGUGCUGCAAGCACGUAG